AUGGCUCUCUCUCAGCCUAGCCCGGGACCCCAGGCCGUUCCUGUAACGAACGUGAUCUCUCCUUAUCAGCACUUUCCGGGAUCGUCACCGGAUCAAUACCCGUCGUUAUUUCAGCAGUACCAGCCGUGGAACAGCCACGCGGGGGGCCCGUUCGGGAUGCCUCCGCUGCUCCCCGGCGCCCCGCAACAGUUCCCCCCUGCCUCCCCGCAACAGUACUCCCCCGCCCCCCCGCAGUUCCCCCCCGCAUCCCCCCAACAAUUCGCCCCGCCGUCCCCGCAGUUUCCGCCGGGGUCCACGCAGCAGUUCCCUCCGGCCUCCCCGCAUCAGUUCCCCCCAGCAUCUCCGCAGUUCCCCCAGGGCUCCGCGCAGCAGUUUCCGCCGCAGCAGUUUCCCCCGCAGCAGUUUCCGCCGCAGCAGAUGUUCGGAAUGGGGUUCGCGCGCGGACCUCCGGGGCAGUUUUCCCCUUCCCCCAACUUCUCUCCGCCAACCAUGUCCGCGCAAAACGUCCCCCCCGGUCUGGGCGCGCAAGCCAUGAGUCCGCUGAUGGGUCCGCCGUCCGGUUUCGGGCCCCAUAACAUCCCCCGGAACAAUAAAGGCUCUGGCGCUGGAAAUGCGGGGAUGGGAGCGGGUGGUCCUGCUGGUGGGGGUGGGAAUCAGCGGAGGGGGCAGCAAGCGAGGGCAGGGCAGCAGCCCACGGAGGAGAGCACCCAGCGGACGGUCUAUGUGUCUGACAUCGACCACCAGGUGACGGAGGAGCAGCUCGCCACUCUCUUUCUCUCCUGUGGCCAGGUGGUGGACUGUCGGAUCUGUGGGGACCCCAAUUCGGUGCUCCGAUUUGCAUUUGUGGAGUUUACAGAUGAAGAGGGGGCCAAGAACGCGUUGAGCAUAGCAGGCACGAUGCUAGGAUACUACCCGCUCCGGGUGCUGCCUUCUAAGACCGCCAUCCUGCCAGUCAACCCCACCUACCUCCCCAAGAGCCAGGAGGAGAGGGAGAUGUGUGCUCGCACUGUGUAUUGCACCAACAUUGAUAAGAAGGUCACUCAGGCAGAUGUGAAGCUCUUCUUUGAGUCUCUCUGCGGAGAGAUCUCUCGUCUCCGUCUGUUGGGCGAUUACCACCAUUCUACUCGCAUUGCCUUUGUUGAAUUCGUGAUGGCUGAGAGCGCCAUGGCAGCAUUAAACUGCAGCGGAGCCAUCCUGGGCUCACUCCCCAUCAGCACCGCGCCACCACACCUAUCCACACCUAGCGUUCUCCCCCAGGUGGAGAGCGCGAUGGCAGCAUCAAACUGCAGUAUCGGGGUGAGUCCCUCAGAUGAUCAACUCGCGCAGCACCUGCUGUUCCCCCCACCCCACCCCCUCUCUGCCGCCCUCUCCUUGUCCUCUCCCCCUAUUCCCCCUCCCCCCCGCUUCCCCUCCACCAGGGUGAGCCCUUUCAAGACCUCUGUGCGCCCACGAGCGCCCAGGCAGCGCCUAUUCCUCUUCGUUGAGUUGAAUUUUGAGGCGCCUCAAAAGUCAAUUCAACGCCCACGAGCGCCCACGAGCGCCCACAAGCGCCCAGGCAGCGCCUAUUCCUCUUCCAUCCAAACCUCCCCCUCUUCCGCCCUCGCCCGUCCUCCUUCCUCCAACCCUACCCUUAAUCCCCUUAUCCACCAGGGUGAGUGGAGUCCUUCCACGACCCCUGUGCUCCCACGAGCGCCCAGGCAGCAUCGGCUGUCCCCUCUUGCUCCACCCUUACCCCUCGUAUCCCCCCCAUUUUUCCCCUUCCCCCCCCCUCUCUCUCUCCCCAUCAUAUUGAGUCCCUCCAAGGCCCCUGUGCGCCCACGAGCGCCCACUAACGGUGAGUCCUUCCAAGACCCCUGUGCGCCCACGAGCGCCCAGGCAGCAUGGGGGGAGGUAGUGACAGGGGGAGGGGCGGCAUGGGGGGAUGUAGUGAGUAGGGGAGGGGCGGCAUGGGGGAGAGGUAGCAACUGGGGGAGGGGCGGCAUGGGCAGAGGGGAGGUAGCAACUGGGGGGAGGGGUGGGAUGGGGGGAGCUGGUAACAGGGGGAGGGGCGGCAUGGGAGGAGGUAGCACCUGGGGUAGGGGCUGCACUGGGGGAGGUAUAAAUUGA